CUUACAACUUUUGUAUAAAAGGAAAGAAACAGAACGUAUAUGAUUUUAUAACUUCAUUUUGAAUUGUUUGUGCUGCAAUAGAGACAUUUCAGAAAUGGUAACCAUCAAAGCUUCUUACACAGUAGUUCCAAAUCAACCAACCCCAGAGGGUUUUCAAUGGCUGUCUGAUCCUGACCAAGUGGCGCGUCAGAGCCACACACCCACCAUCUACGUUUACCAUGCAAAGCACAAUCAUAACGCAUUAAUUGAACGCAUAAGAAACUCUCUUAGCAAGAUUUUGUGUUACUACUAUCCAGUGGCUGGUAGAUUGAGAAAGUUAGAAGAAGAUGGCAGGUUGGAACUGAAUUGUAAUGCAAAAGGAGCGGUGUUGAUUGAAGCAGAAUCCACAAAAACAGUGCAUGAUUAUGGUGAUUUUAUGGAUGAGUCCGCCAAGGACUUGGUUCCAACAGUUCAUUACACAAACACCCCAAUUGAGGAACUUCCCUUGUUAGUAGUGCAAGUAACGAGUUUCCUUGGCGAUGAAGCGUUUUCCAUUGGAGUUGCUAUAUCUCAUACUUUGACUGAUGGUGUUGCUGCCAUUCAGUUCAUUAACUCAUGGGCAAAGUUGGCUCGUGGAGACACAUUAGAGCCUCAUGAAAUGCCCUUUCUGGAUCGAACUGUGCUAAAAUUCACAGCCCCUCCAUCACCCCCACGCUUUGAUCACCAAGAAUUCAAGUCUUUGCCUCUCAUAUUAGGAAGAAGUGACACCACUCUUGAGAAAAGCAAGAGGGUAGGCGCCAUGUCGUUGAAACUGACAGCAGAACAAGUGGGGAAGUUGAAGAACAAGGCCAAUGCUGAUAAAUCAACAGAAGGGUCAAGACCUUAUAGCAGAUUUGAGGCCAUUGGUGCACAUGUAUGGAGAUGUGCAUCUAAGGCUCGUAGAUUAGACGAGAAUCAACCAACUCUGCUGCGGUUCAAUGCUGAUAUUCGCAAUAGAGUAAUUCCACCUCUCCCUAGGAAUUACUUUGGGAAUGCUUUGGUCUUAAAAACUGCAUCAUCGCGCGCUGGAGAAAUCUUAUCAACUUCUUUGGGUCAUGCAGCUCAGAAAAUAAGAGAAGCAGUUGAAGAACUUACAUAUGAGUAUAUAAAAUCACAGUUUGACCUCAUUAGAAGUCAAGACGAUAUGGAUAAAGCAAGGGCUUUGUCCUUUGGAAUAAAUGAAGGUAAGGAUGCAGUGUUUGUUGGGAAUCCUAACCUUCGUAUUACAAGUUGGCUGAGUAUGCCAAUUCAUGGAGCAGAUUUUGGGUGGGGAAAGCCUGUGUAUUUUGGUCUAGCAGGUGGGACUGUACAGGAGAGGGCACUGAUUACCCACGAUCCAAAUGGUGAUGGCUCUGUUAUUCUGUUUCUACACUUUCAGAUGGAACAUAUUCAGCUUUUCGAGAACUAUUUCUAUAAUGAUAUAUAAUAUAUAUA